AUGCAGUGUAGUGUACAGUGUUGCAGCGGUGUCGACUGUCGCGUCAACUUUGAUCUCAGCGAUCAAGCAAAGGAGACAACCCCACUCGUUCUCAUCAACCACAUUCAGUGUCGUCUCAUCAUCGAUUCCUUCCCGGAUCUAAAAUAUUUGACUAUAUUUGUAUUUCCGUCAACUAUUUAUAUCAUACAACAUGCGGUUAAUCAUCAUACUAGCUUCACUUUAUUACACCGAAUCUUUGCCAACGACGACGACGACCACGAAGAGGACAACUGGGAAUGUGGCACUGAUGACUUGACCAAAUACUUAAGCGAGAACCAAAUCGAGUUGGACUGUCCAAAAAUAAAAAAAAGUGUGAAUCAAUGCUGUGUUUACCAUGACAAAUGCUAUGACGAUCAACAUGGCAGAAAAUAUUGUGAUGAUACGUUUUGCUCUUGCUUGGAGCAAGUGACCAGAGGUUACAAAGUAUGUCACGAUGAAAACAGUGUGUUAUUUUGCUCGAUGGUGCGACAGUUUGGCGCUCAUGCUUACCUUCGCGCGGGUAAUCAUACAGGUGCAGUACUAGCCGAGGAGACAGAGGUUGAUCUGUCACAUACUGGUAAUAGCACUAAUUUUGAUAAAGAUGACGUUGCCGUUCUUGAUUUUGAUUAUGAAGCAUUCGUCAGAGCUAACGACACUAAUGGCAAACCUAUACGGGAAGGUACCGAUCUCCUAGAACAGCUAGUGAAAACCGCAAAAUAGUCGAAGUGUUCGUUUAUUGUAGACUAUUGUUGUAAAUAAUAAAG